GUACACUUUGGAUGAGUUUGGAACAGCUAGGAGGAGCGCUGUCGUCCGUGGCUUUAUAGAUGCUCUUACUAGAGGAGGUCUGGGAGGUACUCCCCGCCCUAUUGAAAUGCACUCUCAUGAUCCUCUGAGGUAUGUAGGAGACAUGCUGGCCUGGUUGCAUCAAGCUACAGCUUCUGAAAAAGAACACCUAGAAGCUAUGUUAAAACUUGUAACUAUUCAAGGUGUGGAAGAAAAUAUUCAAGAAGUAGUUGGGCACAUCACAGAAGGUGUCUGCAGGCCUCUGAAGGUUAGAAUUGAGCAGGUGAUUGUUGCUGAGCCAGGAGCAGUUUUACUGUACAAGAUUUCUAAUCUUCUGAAGUUCUACCACCAUACAAUCAGUGGUAUUGUGGGAAACAGUGCAGCCACACUGUUGACAACAAUUGAAGAAAUGCAUUUGUUGAGCAAGAAGAUAUUCUUUAAUAGCCUGAGUCUUCAUGCAAGUAAACUAAUGGACAAGGUUGAACUCCCACCUCCCGAUCUUGGCCCCAGCUCUGCACUAAAUCAGACACUUAACUUGCUACGGGAGGUUCUGGCAUCUCAUGACUCAUCUGUUGUUCCACUCGAUGCCCGUCAAGCUGACUUUGUGCAGGUUCUUUCUUGUGUGUUAGAUCCAUUGUUACAGAUGUGUACUAUGUCUGCUAGUAAUUUGGGCACAGCUGAUAUGGCAACCUUCAUGGUAAAUUCGCUUUAUAUGAUGAAGACUACUUUGGCUCUCUUUGAAUUCACUGACAAACGUCUAGAAAUGUUACAGUUUCAGAUUGAAGCUCAUUUAGAUACACUCAUAAAUGAACAAGCUUCCUAUGUGCUAACAAGAGCUGGUCUAAGUUACAUAUAUAACUCUGUGCAGCAACACAAACCGGAACAGGGUCCUCUUUCAAAUUUGCCAAGUAUGGAUUCCGUGUCCCUGAAGGUUGCAAUGGCUCAGUUUGAUCGCUAUUUGUCUGCUCCAGAUAGUCUACUAAUGUCCCAGCUGAAUUUCCUUCUGAGUGCCACUGUGAAAGAGCAGAUAAUAAAACAGUCAACAGAACUGGUCUGCAGAGCUUACAGUGAGUUAUAUGCAGCUGUGAUGGAUCCUUCAAAUGAAUAUAAGGAUCCAGAAACCAUACUACACAGAUCUCCUCAUCAAGUUCAGGCACUCCUUUCAUAGUCUUGCUUCCCCCAGAUUUAUCAGAAUCCGUAAUUCUGUAUUUGUUGAGUAUUUGCAUUGAGUUAUUUUUCUGUUUUGAAUUUUAAUGUGUAACUAUGUGGUUAAAAUAUGUAGGAAUGCUGUUUUGUUUAAUCUGCUUGGCAGAAGUCUAGUCUUUCCUGUGUCUUUGAAUACCUAUAGAGGCCAGAAAAUAGAAUAUAGAUUAAAAAUUAUUUUAAUAUAUUCCUCUAAUGGAAAUGAACCGUGACAAUAUGCAAUCUCUUUGAAAAAGAAGAAGCUUUUUCCUUGCUGUACAUAAUCCUUUCAACUAGAGGUUGAACCAGUGUCUUUUAUGACCUCACCAAUAUUUUUAUUUGCUCUUUUCCCUGUUCUUUCACUCUUUUUCUCAGCCUAUCAUCAGUAAACGCUUAUAAUUGUAAUUUUAAUACAACUGAUAUACUUUGAAUGUCUCAAGUGCAUCACUUUUACAGCUCAAACCAUUUCAGAACAUUUGAUGCUGUUUUUCAAAUCCUGUUGAUUAAAUGUUUGAGGCAAAA